AUGGUUGAAAAGAAUAGAAAAAUCCUUAGUGGCAUUGUAGAGACAAUUAUUCUCUGUGGGAAACAAAAUAUUGCCUUGCGUGGCCACGAGGAUGAUUUUGGCAAUUUUAGGGUGCUCUUACACUACCAGGCAAAGUACAACCAGGUUCUAUUUGAACACUUAAACACAUGCAAUCCUAGAACAAAGUAUACUUCCCCACAGAUUCAGAACGAGUUGAUAUCCAUCUGCGGUAAAAUCAUAACUGAUGACCUGGUUGCUGAGUGCAAUGAUGCAGGUGUGUUUGGAUUUAUGGCUGACGAAGCUACAGACGCCGCGACCAUGGAACAGAUGUCGCUGUGUGUUCGCUUCGUUGACAAGACGACGUCGACCGUUCGGGAGGAAUUUUUGGGGUUUUCGAGCACGACUAGUACAACAGGCGAGGUUCUGGCAAACGCAUUCAUUGAUAUCCUCACUAAACUAGGUGUACGCACUGAGAACAUGCGUGGACAGGGAUACUACGGGGCCAGUAAUAUGUCUGGGAUCCAUCGCGGAGUGCAGGCAAGAAUCCGACAAUUGAUACCAGAGACAGUGUAUACUCAUUGCAAGGCUCACUGUCUGAACCUAGCCAUAAUACACGCUUCGAAAGAAAGGUAUUCUAAGAACAUGAUGGAUACUGUCCAGCAGGUAGCCUUUGCCUUCAGCUACUCCGCCAAACGACUUCUGUUGUUCCAGGAGACUUUGGCCGACGACAAUAUUAGCAGGGAGGCCAUGGCAGAGCGGACUAAGCUGCGUUCUUUGUGCGCGACCCGCUGGUCAGCAAGGGCCGAUGCUCUCCACACGUUCCUGGCCUCUUACAGUGGUCACGGCGUUAGAUCAGCUUUCAGCGGAGCAUGGAGACACGAAGGCGGGCGUGUACAAAAUGGCUGUACUGACAUUCGAUUUUAUUGUGACUCUCGUGGCAGUAGAGCAUGUUCUACAGGACUGGUGCCGCUUUCAAACGUUCUUCAGGCGGAAGAGUGCGAUCUUGUUAAGGCUGUGACUGACACACGUGUAGUCUAUGCUUUACUUCAGGCGGAAAGAGCCGAUGACAUUGUGUGGGAUAGUUUGUACGACAAGUCAGUCGGUAUAGCACGAGAGGUCGACAUUCAGCCGUCUGCACCUGACACUUUGGAAGGCAGCAGAAUCGUCCAAAUGUUCCGGCAGAUAAUGUUAGUUCGUUUUGGAAGAGAAACAUGUAUCUUCCUUUCGUGGACCAUCUGCUGACAGAACUAGAUGCACGGCUAUUGCAAGCCAACCCACGCUUCUCUGCCCAAAAACUCAUUCCUUCGGCCAUUCAGAAAGAUGGACUUUCAAGUAACGUCGUUUCUGGCAUAUACCAAGCUUUUAGGGCAAGCUUACCUGUCGACGAAAAUGUUUUUUUCCGGGAAUGUUCAAGAUGGCGUCAGUGGUGGACAGACGCAGGCCUCGCUGAGCACCGCCCAAAGGCCCCUAGCACACUUCAAGGAGCCCUGAAACUGGCAAGCAGCGACCUCUACCCAUCCGUAAGAACGUGCUUGUCAAUACUAACGGUCAUGCCGGUUUCCACUGCAACCGCGGAAAGAUCUUUUUCCGUAAUGCGACCGGUGAAGACCUAUUUGAGGAGCACUAUGGGGAAAGGGAGGUUAUCUGGUUUGGGCAUUCUGAACUUGUAUAGGGAGAAGGAGCUUGAUCCUGAUAAGAUUGUUGACAUUUUUGCUAAUAAUCAAAAUAGGAGGCUUGCGCUGUUAUUUAAAGACGAACAUUGCAAUCAGUAAAUAUUCAGAGGUUGCGGUUAGAAAUGAUGUUUUUGUUAUACUGCUUGUAGAUGUAUAGCAAUCACUAUUUGAUUGGUUUAAAGUAAACCAUUGACAUUUGAAAGGUGCAUUUGUUAUGUGUUAAACCCUAUCCUUUGUGCAUAGGAAGCAAUUUCAAGGGCCGCCGAUGUUCUAUUUUUGCGUAAUGGUAUCAUAUCCGAGUUUAUCACGCCAUAUUUUGCACUAUAAUAUUGUCUGGAACUUCUCUAGAAUGCACGUACGGCUUUAGUGAGAUAAAAAAAAUCAGGGGGAGCAUGCCUCCGGACCCCCUAGCAUACCGUUUGAGUACACUGAAAAUCAGCCCAGCUACGCCCUUGGAAAUAAAAAGAUAUGUCGUGUGAUAUACCAGAAAGAACAUGACAUGUAUCAAAGUCCACUGUUAUUUUUCCUGUCACUUUUUAGGUGAUCAAAAGCUGCCUUUGGACAAGCUUCCAUCUGUAGUCUCCAAUCUGAAUUAUAAUAGUGAUCAAGUAAUUCUAGAACCAUAUUCGGUUGUUAAACAAGAAUUAUAUAAAGAUCCGCUCCAUAUUAAUAUUUAACAGCCGUAAAACUAUUAAUAUGUAUUAUUUAAAGAAACAUAGCGGCAUGUUUUGCGUACAAAAACUUUUCACGCAUACAUUUUCGUACAUUUCAUCUGUCUCGAAAACCUAAACAGAAUUUUUGUACAAACGUGGGAAUAAAACUGCUAAAAUGC